UUUCACACGCCGCUUAGAUGGAUUACCGCUUGCGGCUCGCGUUCGUUUACUCAAUCGUCCUCAUCUUACUUCACCUGCAGGACGCGCAUGCUGGACGCAAUAUCGAACUGAAUUCCUUUCAGCCAAUGUCGGACUACGAUGACUCCUGGGUAUCUUGGGAUACAAUUCGCUUGAAGAAAAUAUCACGCACGGAAAUGGGUGUGACAGGUGAUGUGGAACUCAAGCAGAAUAUAGGCAAUGAACAACUCGUUUCCAUGCAAGUAUACAAAUACGAUCGCGAGAAUAAACGCCGUGGUCCAAUGGUGUUUCAAAUUGAAAAGCCAUACUGUCAACUAGUUGAAAGCCUUAUGAACACCUAUAAUGGCAUGGUGAAGAAGUCGAACUUGCCGGAUCCGUUUCAGUGUCCGUUUCCAAAGAAUACCUACACUUGGAAUGAAUAUGUACUCGAUACCGAUUUCUUAGUAAAAAAUGUACCAAAAGGCGAUUAUAUACUUUAUGCACUUUUGAAAAAUGGCGAAAAAGCCGUUUCGGGACUGGAAUUCGAAGUGACAGUCCAGUAGAUGAAGCAAUAUUGAUUCUUAGUUUUUCUUAAUUCAUAUCAAUCGUAUGCAUUAUAUUUUUUAUAUACACCAAUGUAGUUUAU